AUGGUGAAGGCACGGAAGAAUGUUGAAAAUAUGGAAAUUUACGAUUACAUGAAAGAACUGAAUGAAAAGAUAUGGGAAUACUUUUUUGAGGACGCGUUAGCACAUGAAACUAUAUUUAACUCAUUGAAUGAAUUGGAGCAAAUUAUUGUUUCUCGGUUGUUGUUUAUACAACAAGUAGUUUCAGAAAGGGCGAUGAGACUAUGGAUUAACCCCAUAUUUUUAAAAAAAUUAAGUGAAUGUAUUAAAAAUUUAGUCGAUGCGAAAAUAUUAGUAGAGAGUGAGACAAAAAAAGAUAAUUAUAACCAGUAUAAAAUAAAUGAGAAAUUUAGACUUACUUUAUUAAAUAAAAUUUAUAAAAAUAAUGAAGAUAGUGCGUUUAUUUUUAAUAAUAAUAUUAAAGGACAAAUACAAAAGGAAAAAAAUUUGUUUGAACAAAAUUUAUUUCCUACCAAAGAAGAGAUUUCUAGCUAUUCUCACAUUAAAUGGAAUAAUUUGUUACAUUUUAUUGCCUCUCCAAAAUUUAACAACGUGAACAGUUACAUUAGUUUUAACAACAGCACUGGUAAUAACAUCAACAUUAACAGUAACGUUAACAUUAACAGUAACGUUAACAUUAACAUUAACAGUAACAUUAACAGUAACAUCAACAUUGGCAAUGACGUAAAUCAUGGUAACACUUCUGCAGAAAAUAAAUACGCAUCUAGUUACGCAGAUUACGCUUAUUCUGGCCAAUUAAAAAAUGAGGAGGGCUUAAAUAAAAAUAAAAAUCUUGACAAAUCGUUUUACUAUAAUACACCUUUUAAAAAAACUAAAAAAAAAUAUAAAGAGGAGGAUGAAGAAUAUAAUCCAUAUGAGGAUGAGCAGUAUGCCGGAAGUCAUCAUAUAAAGGAAAAAUAUGAACAAUAUAAGGAAGAAAAAAUCGAGAGGGGGGUUAAGCACGAAAAUGUUGAGAACCAUGAAGAUGAUGAUAAGUUUGAAGAUGUUGAUAAAGUUGAAGAUGCUGGUAAGUAUGAAGAUUCUGGUAAGUAUGAAGAUUCUGGUAAGUAUGAAGAUGCUGAUAAGUAUGAAGAUGCUGAUAAGUAUGAAUAUGAUGAUAACUAUGAAUAUGAUGAGGAUAAUUACGGAGAGGAAUAUGAAAAGGGAGAAUAUUCUAAGAACGAACUGAUGAAGGAACCAACUGACGUAAAUGGAGAAAAAAUGUAUGAAAAUUAUAACUAUGAUUAUGAAAAAGAUAACAACAGCAACAAUGCAGCUUAUAAGGAUGGGAGUGCAAGUAAAACCGCGUCAAAUAAUGAACACAUAAAUCUAUUUGACUUUUAUAAAAAAAGAAGAAAGAAAAAAAAAGGUGUAUAUGCAUAUAAGCAAAAUGAUUUAUAUUAUAAAAGUUUGCAAACUAUGGAAAACAGUUACUUAGAAGAAGAAUAUGAUAAUUUUUUUUUUUCUAAUGUAAAAAAAGAUGCUCUUUCAAGCUAUUCUCCUUGUGAUAGUGUAAUUGAAGUAUUGAGAAGAAAAAAUUUUAUUUUAGAUGAUGUAAAUAACAAUAAAACAAUAAAUAUGAGCAGAGAAGCUUUCUCGUGGUUUUUAAAAGAUAUAAGAAGUAGAAUCAUAUCUCUAGUUCUUGAGUAUUUACUAAUAAUAGAUGAUGGACACGUUACCAACAUAGCUCAAGAUAUUUCCGCACGGUAUAAGAAGAAGAAAAAUGUAGAUGGAGGUAAUAAUAAUAACGGCAAUAACAUCAACAGUGGAAGUGGUGAUAACGCCAACAGUGGCAGUGCUGGUAAUUUCAACUGGGGUAGAGGGGAUAAUAUAAACAGUGGUAGAGGUGGUAACCUCCAGGAAGCAUAUGAGAGCAAAGAGAAAAAAGACUUCCACAGGGAGUCGUGCUAUAUAACGACUCAAAAUAAGGACCCCCACAAAUCAGAAAAGUAUGUUAAAGAAACAUUAUUACUAAUUUUAUCAUUAACUCAAUGUACCAUUAGUCAUCCCAUAUUUUGUGAUAACUUAACAAAUGCACAAAAAGAAUUUGUAGAUUUUGGUGUUCACAUAGGUUUGUUUUUUAAAACCAAUGAAAAUUAUAUAUUUACAACCCCAUAUUCUUUAUUACUAACUAUUAAUAAUUUAAACUCACAAAAUUACAUGUCUCUUUUGAAUAGUUUAACUGUUGAAGGUGUGUGUGAUAAUAGUGAUAAUAAAGCUAAGAAUCUAUUAAACGAAAAAUAUUUUCAUGUUUAUUCAUUAUUACAAGAUGAGAAAGAUACAAUGAAUAAAAAAUUGGAAUCCCCAGAGGAUAUACAAGAUAUGAAAAAAGAUAAAACUAUUAAUAAAUUAAUUAAUCAAAAUUUACAUUUUGAGAAAAAAAUGAAUACAAAUAAUAAUCUAGAAAUUGGACUCAUUGUACAAAGUAAUUUUAAAGUAUAUUUAUACACAUCUUCAAUAUUACAAAUUAACAUUUUAAGUCAUUUAUGUGAAUUACAAGCAAGAACACCGAACAUGGUCGUUGGUAUAUUAACAAGAAGAAGCGUUUUAAAUGCUUAUAAUUCUGAUAUCACUGCAAAUCAAAUUAUAAAAUUCUUAGAAUCCUAUGCACAUCCUGGAGGUAGUAAUUUUAAAAGCACUGUACCAAUAAAUGUUAUUACUCAAUUAAAAUUAUGGGAAUCAGAAAGACAUAGAUUAACUUUUGAGGAUGCUAUUGUUUUUAAAUCAUUUGAAAAAGAAUUCUUACCUCACUUGUAUCAACAAAUUGUUAUAUGGGCUAAUAGCAAAAAUUAUCUAUUGCAUUAUACCCCUUGGCCAAAAAAUACCAAUUCUCCAGAAUUUGACCAGUGGAUGAAAGCCGAAAAAUAUCUUUGCUGUAUUUAUGAAUCGAAAAAUGAAAUAAUCGAUAAAAUUAAAGAAAUUCGGGAGAAGCUGAUGAAAAAGAGGCAGAAAGCGUAG